CUCUCAUUUCACCUGUCUGACUUGCGUUCCCUCAACUUGAUAGCUUCAGGUCCCUCAUUCUAUACAAUCAUGGACCCUACCGAUCGUGAUGAACUGAUCUCUCAGUUCUGCGCCAUGACCAGAGCGGGCGCUGACCAGGCCCAGGAGUAUCUCGCAACCAAUGGAUGGGAUCUUGAAGCGGCAGUGACGGAGUUUUAUGCGGAGCAAGACGAGACUUCCCAUGAAACCAGCCCGGCUGAGGCGAGCGGCUUUGGCGCUCAACCAGAACCAUCCACGUCGGCCCAGUCCUCGUCGCGCAGACAGCCUCAAAAGAAGUUCGCAACGUUGGGCGACCUUGCCUCCGCCGUUGGCGGAGAUAGCUCCGAGGAGGAUGAUAAUGUGAACCAGGACUUCUUUGCUGGCGGGGAGAAAUCUGGACUAGCUGUCCAGAACCCAGACGACAUUAAGAGAAAGAUCCUGGAAAAGGCUAGAAAAACCAAACUCCCCGCAUCUGAUGAUUCCGAGCCGAGACCAUCCUAUUUUACUGGCACUGCCCGCACACUAGGUGGCGAAGAUAUGCCCAGCAGGGUCAUUGAAGCUCCCAGCGCACCUGCCGAAUCGCAAAUCCCACAACGAGUACAACGAACCCUACACUUUUGGGCGGAUGGAUUUUCCGUUGAUGAUGGCGAGCUGUAUCGGUCCGAUGACCCUCGAAACGCCGAGAUUCUCAACAGUAUCCGACAGGGCCGUGCGCCGCUCGCCAUCAUGAACGUACAGCAUGGUCAGGAUGUGAAUGUCGAGAUUAAACAGCACGACGAGAAAUACGUCAAACCAAAGCCCAAGUAUAAGCCCUUCUCGGGAGCAGGACAACGACUUGGGAGCCCAACUCCUGGCAUUCGAACCCCUACUCCCUCCUCCACCCCUCCCUCUACCCAGCCCAGCGAGCCUGUCCAUCCCCAUGUGGAUGAGUCGCAGCCUACAGUGACUCUUCAAAUCCGACUGGGAGAUGGCACCCGGCUGACGUCUCGGUUCAACACAACCCACACGAUCGGCAAUGUCUACGAUUUUGUGACCGUCGCUAGCGCUUCCAGCCAGACCCGAUCUUGGGUGCUCUUGACGACAUUCCCCAGCAAAGAGCUGAGUGACAAGACCGCGCUCCUGGGAGACCUGGUAGAAUUCAAGCGAGGAGGGGUCGUGGUCCAGAAGUGGCAAUAGAUUCGUACUCUAGAAUUGAGAUCAUAUGUCUAAUCUCACUCCCGGCUAAUGGUCCAGUCUUGAUGAUACCUGGUAGUUCUGAAUCAGAGACUUGGAUCUGAUAGUGAGCUCGAGA